GUUCUGUGGGCUCCGGCAUUAGAUCACCGAAAUGGGCGACGAGUACUGGGACCUAGAUGCAAUUCUUGCGGAACAACAGAAACUCCCUAGUUUUUUUCGUAUGGACGUUCCUGGCUAUGGCUUCCUGGAAGGAAACUUGGAUGUUGACCUUGCUGCUAAUACACGUAUCGAACUUCCUUACUGGCUUGCUGAGCACUUAGCCCUAAAUGACUAUAUUGAUUUGGAGCUUCCAAAGUGCUUUGGACAUCGCGUGCGGAAUGACUUGAAUGCCUCUCCUACCUCUGUGAAUCUUGGUAGCCUCUGCUCCUACUACUAUCGCUUUGGUGUUAAGAUCAUCAACUUGGUGGUGGACGCGAUGCUACCCGAUAUCCUCGCGGACGCUUUUAUAGCACGAUUACCUCUUAUUAUGGAUUAUACCCAGACAUCACGAUUACGAACGGACCGAUCUGAGUUCAUAUAUUCAUUAGAUGAAACGGAGAAAGAAUUGUAUAAAACAGGUCACGAGAGUGUUACGGCUAUGGCACAAUGGGAUCAACGAAAGGCCGUCCGAAUACACACGGCAGAGGUUCUCCGCCGGGAAAGAACAAUGUAAAGUUUAGAUGUGAUGGGGCUCCGACAAAGGUCCUCGUCGGGCGGUAAUUUAUUAAUAUUGGGAUACCCUUCAUUCGGCACA